AUGCUGAAGGCUGAGAGCUCGAGGCCGGCCAUCUCUGGAGGGAGAACACAGGAAAAGUUGUUUUUCCCUUUCCCUGCCCAGGGCGAACCUCCUGCUAAGAAAGCCCGAGCCAACCCCCGGGUUUACAUGGACAUCAAGAUUGGCAACAAACCUGCCGGGCGGCUCCAGAUCCUCCUGCGCUCGGACGUGGUGCCCAUGACCGUGGAGAAUUUCCGCUGCCUCUGCACCCACGAGAAAGGCUUUGGCUUCAAAGGGAGCAGCUUCCACCGCAUCAUCCCCCAGUUCAUGUGUCAGGCUGGAGACUUCACCAACCACAACGGCACUGGAGGCAAAUCCAUCUACGGGAAGAAGUUUGAUGACGAGAACUUCAUUCUGAAACACACGGGGCCAGGUAGGGCCA